GCAUGCGCACUGAAGAGGAAACUGCUGAGGUUCGUUUCAUGGUAUGUGUGGUUGAUUUCGUACGAAUGAGAGAGGGAGAGCAAGAAGAAGAAGAGUGUUUAGGAUUCAUUCGUUGGGACAACCCUUAUCACCAACCUGUCACUGAAACUGAAAUAGGAAAGAGAAGAACGCCUGUAAUGACAGCCGUGUCAAGAUAGCUGAAUGAUUGAAUAAGCAAAACAGAGGCAUCGAUAGCUGAUAACAACUAAACAGCAAACAGAUCUGAGAGAGAAAAGAGGAAAAAUAUCCUGUCGGACUAUCUUGUUGUUGGGCUGUCCCUGAAAGCGUGUAGUGUGAGAAAGACUGUAAACUAGGAAAGACAUGGCAGACUCUGACUUGGACUUCACAACAGGCGAUGCUGGUGCCUCCGCUACCUACCCCAUGCAAUGUUCUGCCCUGCGCAAGAAUGGUUUCGUGGUGCUUAAAGGUCGACCAUGCAAGAUUGUGGAGAUGUCCACAUCCAAAACUGGAAAACAUGGACACGCAAAGGUUCACAUGGUGGGCAUUGACAUUUUCUCUGGCAAAAAGUAUGAGGAUAUAUGUCCCUCAACCCACAAUAUGGAUGUCCCUAACAUCAAAAGAAUGGACUACCAGCUUAUUGGGAUACAGGAUGGCUACCUGUCUCUGCUCCAGGACAGUGGCGAGGUCAGAGAAGACCUGAAAAUGCCAGAGGGAGACCUGGGCAAAGAGAUAGAAAGCAAGUUCGAUGCUGGUGAAGAAAUCCUGAUCACGGUCCUGUCUGCUAUGAACGAGGAAGCUGCAGUAGCCAUCAAAGCCAUGGCUAAAUAAAACACAGCAGGGGUUGACAAGAUGCACUGGACCUGGAUAAGAGAGAAUCAGACCUCAGCAAAUGCUAUCCUCCUUUUGUUUUCUUUUUUCAUUCUUUAUCUCUACUUCUCUUUCUGUAUUUAAACCCCAUGUGUGGGUAAAAACUAGGAAAUAAUUGGAACAAAAAAUUCUGGGAAAAUCCAAAAAAAAAAAAAAAAUUAACAGAAAGUUGAAUGUAUUAAAAGAGACAGAGAUGGAAAGUGAGCUUAAACGCUGUAGUGAUGGACAAUUGGGGUGGGAAACAUUUUGGGUGGGGGUGCACCUCCUAAGUCUUCACUGGUAUAAUUGGCCAAACUUACCCAUUUUUGUUAAAUUCAAAACAAUACAUAGGACAACCACCCAGUCAUUUACAAUCAUAAUUCACAAUAGUUGUAAGAGGUCUUUUAUGCAAAGGAAAAACACAUUUUCCUGUGAAGUUCAGAUAUAAAGGUCAUGACAUGAGAAAUAGAAAGCAGUUUUGUCUCUUCGCUACAGGACCAAGUGAUUGUACCUUCCCUUUCAUCUUCCAGUACCUUAAUGCAAGCAUCCCUUAGGAAGGGACGACAAAGCAGGUGUGCAUGUAUGGAUACAGGAAGACUGACCCCAAAAUGAAAAGGUGGUCACCAUUUUAUCAAAAUUUCACAAGGAUUUGCUUUCUUUCUAUGUGAAAGAUGGAAGGUGUCGUAAGCCUUAGAUCUCUUGAUAAAUCACAACACCACAAAUUUCUGCCUGUAAUGUCCUGGCCUAAAGUGGCUUGCUUUUAUGGCAGAUUACCACGAACUCCUGUCUUAAGGUAUAGGGGCCGGAUGAAAUUUUGAAAGAAUGGUAAUCACCCCCUUUAAAACUGGUUGUGUCCUAAUCGGGUCAUGAUUACAGAUAUUGCUGUCCUACACAUUACUCUACUGUCAAGUCAAGUGCGAGUAAUGUUGUUUUUGUUCGUUCAAAGACUGUGAUUAAGAAAUAAAAAUAUAAAGUAAUUUGUAUUCUAGCAAGGCAACCCUACUCAAUAUUAAAGAGAGAACAUAUAAAUCA